AUGGUAAUUCCUCACUCAACCGUAGUCGAACUGUUAAAUCAUGGUUUCGGGAACAUGAAGACUCAGUUACACACCUGCCUCAUCACCGGACUUGAACAUCAUAGAGCCCCUGUGAUUUGUUUGGCAAUAGUCAAAUAUGAGGUUGGUGUACUAAGAGUCAAUGGCAGAAUAAGACAUAGUAAUGUAAAUUUUAACUGCCCUACUGCUUUACUACAUUAUGUCAGACAACGUUUCUGGCCAGUUCAAGGUAAGGCAACGUGUAGGAAAGUAGUGCAUGAUUGUAUUAAGUAUUUCAGAGUUAAACCCAUAGGAGUUAAACAAUUGAUGGGCGAUUUACCGAAAGAGAGAGUGACUCCUGACUUCCCAUUUAAUUGCUCUGGAGUAGAUUUUUGUGGCCCAUUUCUUGUGAAAUAUAAACAUCAAAGAAAGGGCACUUAUCAUAAUGUGUAUGUCUGUUUAUUUGUAUGCUUAGUUACUAAGGCAGUGCACCUCGAGAUGGUCACUGAUUUGACAUCAGAUGCCUUCAUAGCGUGUUUAAAGAGAUUUGUGGCUCGAAGAGGUUUAUGUUCGAAAUUAUUUUCAGAUAACGGCACAAACUUCAUAGGAGCAAAUAAGGAACUUUCUAAGUUAUACAAUUUAGUUGUAAAACCCGACGAUAGUCUUGCUAGUUAUUUGUCAACAGAGGGAAUUGAUUGGAACUUCAUUCCACCUAGAGCACCUAACUUUGGUGGCCUCUGGGAAAGUGGAGUUAAAGCAUUUAAAUAUCAUUUCAAACGCAUUUUAGGUAAUUCCAAACUGAGCUAUGAAGAAUUCCUAACAGUUAUUACGCAAAUAGAAGGAAUUCUAAAUUCUAGACCACUUGCACCUCUGUCGUCCGAUACCGAUGUGUAUGACGUGUUAACCCCUGCUCAUUUCUUAAUUGGCAGAUCCUUAAAUACUGUUGUAGAGCCAAAUUUAAUCGAAGUUAAAGACAAUCGAUUAUCCAAUUGGAAAAAACUGACAAAAUUAAUUCAAAUGUUUUGGAGAAAAUGGCAUAUACAGUAUCUUAAUAAUUUGCAACAGAGGUCCAAGUGGAAGGAUGUCCCAUGGAGCCAAACAUCGUAUUGCAACGGAUUUCUCCGGAACGAAUUCUUGCCAGGAUGGUCGGUUGGUCAUUUUGAACUUCCUCCAUCGAACCAAUCGACUAUCAGGAAGGUCCAACAGUGCCCACUGGAGUCCACUUAA